GGAGGCGAGACCCAACCAAGAAGAAUCCUGAAGCUGGUUCUCGGGAGUUUUGAAGAAAGAGACAUAUUAUUGAAAAACGCACCAAAAACUCGUGACUCAAAUAUCCGUAUUCGACCAGAUUGGCCGCUUGAGGAUCGAAUCAAGUGGAAGAAUGCUCUUACGGAGUUGAGAACUCGCAAAUUAAAUGGCGAAAAUAGCCUUACCAUUAUGGGUUUUCGAGUAGUCAGGUCUUGGAAGCCAAUGCUUCCGAGGCCUGUAUGGGUAGAACGAUUGAUUUCCAAAACACCUUAAGCUUGUGCUACAUGAACGCUCGUAGUCCUAGAAAUAAAACGUCCGCGCUAAGUCUGAUGGUGGAAGAAUUAUGUCCCGAUAUAAUCGUUGUUACAGAAACUUGGUUCACAGUAGAUAUAGACUGUUCUCCGUUCAUUGCAGGCUAUAUCUGCAUUAGAAGUGAUAGAGUUUCAAGUCGCAAAGGGGGAUGUAUAAUAUUAUACGUUAGGGAUCACUUUCGUAUACAAUCAACCAUACAGGAGGCUCAUAUCAGUGGCACAUGUGAGGUCGCAUGUUGUAAGAUUAAAUCUAGAAAUGGGUUAGUGACUAUAGGGGGAAUAUACCGUAGUCCGUCUUGUUUUGCUGACGACUUUAUCCUAAGACACAUCUGUUCUUGGAGUAUGGCAGAAUGUUGUCUCAUCAUUGGGGACUUCAACGCACCGCAUAUCAACUGGAUAGAGCUUACAGCUCCAGGUAGUGGUUUCGAUAGCGACCUUUUAUCUACCGUUAUUCAGUGUGUAUCACAAAACCGACACAUAUUGAUUUCAAUCAUGAUCCGUCACUGCUGGACCUCGCCCUCACCCAUCACUGUGAGGAUGUCUUUGAUACUCAGCACCUUCCCCCACUAGUGAACAGUGAUCACGUUGUAAUUCACUUUAAGUUUAGGACACAUGGUAUACAAUUCGUAUCUCCUCCACCUCGUCCCAAUAUCUGGCGAGCCAAUAUUCCGGCGAUCAGAAACUGCGCUAUCUCGACUGAUUGAUCGAAGAUGAAUGGAAUA